UCUUUAAUUGAGACUCGAGGUGUUUUUACCUGUCUUUUCUUGAUACUGCUACUUGCCCGUCUUUCAUCCUUAGAGGGUGAGAUUAGAAAAAAUGGAGAAAAUGAACCAGACAUUGGAGAAGAUGAAAAUGUUGGUGGGAAUGGAUGUAGAAGAUGAAGCAGCAGCUCCUCAGCAAGAAUCUUCAUUUGCUUUCAUGGAUGAUUUGAAUCGCAACUGCACUUUAUCUACCAAACAGAGGCUUUAUGGUUUUGCUAUAUGCUUAACAACUGGUAUCGUCUGUACUCUCUUGUCAAUGCUGGUUUUCUUCAAUCCAAUCAAGUUUGGAAUAACAUUUUCUUUUGGGAAUUUGCUUGCUCUUGGAAGCACAGCAUUCCUCAUAGGGCCUAAACGACAAGUGACAAUGAUGCUUGACCCAGUUCGUAUAUAUGCCACUGCCAUUUAUAUAGCAAGCACUAUCAUUGCUCUGUUUUGUGCUCUAUAUGUGCGGAACAAGCUACUGACACUGUUGUCAAUUAUAUUGGAGUUUGGUGCACUUAUCUGGCAUAGUUUGAGUUACGUUCCUUUUGCAAGGUCCAUGGUCUCCAAAGUGAUGAUGGCUUGCUUUGAUACAGAAUUCUAGGGUUCUAUACCCUGAGGGAAGGAUUAUACAUGCAAAUAUGUACAGUGUGCAUUUGGCAAGUUUGCACCACCUGCAGCAGGUGUUUUAAUCCAUAGAAUGGGUUAGGUGAGUGAACCUUUGGUCAAAUGGAGGUAUUUUGAUUGAAAUUCGUUGUUUAUCAAACGAGCUAACUUCUGAUCCUAUGUAACGCGUAAAUUUUUCUUUUUGAAGUGAA